AUGGCUUCACUGCAGGACUGUGGAGCGAAGCACAUCAUCCCACAUCCUGUUUCUCUUCACCAUCCUAACAAAUGUUCUCCACAAGAUAUUUGUGCAGUGAUCUCUAAUACGAUAUUCUCCGAGGGACCUCUCUGUAAAAAGUUUCUCUUUGCGAAAAGUUCUACCCUUCCCACCACCUCCUCCUCCACAAAACCCCCAAAAAAAUUCCAUGGCGAUGUGGCGUCGGAGUGGGGUCGCGGCGAUCCACUCCCUCCGCCGGAGAUCGCCCUCCCUCCUCGGCGGCGGCGCUGCCCCUCCGUCGCCGCCGCAGCCGUGGCGGAGCCCGGAACUCUCCGCGGCUCUCCCCCGAAGAGCUUCUUCGACCUCGUCCCUGCGAGGUCCUUCGCGGCCCCGAUCCAAGCGAAGCCGAAAACUGCGAACGAUGCUUCUUCGGGGCCUAGGGUUAAUGCGGCGAUCACUGUUCCCUUUGUUCGGCUUGUUACUGAUGAAGGUCAUAGUAUUGUCUCUACAAAGGAAGCACUUGAUCGUGCAAUGAAGCUCAAUCUCGACUUAGUUGAGGUUCAAAGAGCUGCAAAUCCACCUGUUUGCAAGAUGAUGGACUUCCAUAAGGAGAAGUAUAAACAAGAAAUAAAGGAAAAGGAACGUGCGAAAACCAAGUCUGCACUUACUUUACGCAGCGGAGAGAAAAAAGAAGUACGUUUCAAAGCUAAAACUGAACAAAAAGACCUAAAAGUGAAAGCAGAAGCAAUCAUCAGAUUGACGGAGCGUGGAUAUAGGGUGAAGUGCACAGCCAUGCCGACGGGUAAAGAUGAAGAAGAUUUAGGGGGCCUGCUCUCUCGCCUGUUAACUCUGAUAGAAGAUGUAUCUGUUGUGGAAAGCGGUCCGCAUGUUGACCCAAACAAAGCAUAUGUUAUUGUCAGGCAUGUAAAGUUUGCUUCAAGAAAAUCUGGGAAAAAAGUUAGCGAAGUUGUGGACACCGUUAGUAAAGGGGUUCAAAGUGCUGUCUCUCAAAGCAGUCUCAGCCAAGAUGCGACAGCGCGCGAAGAUGAAGAAGAAGAAUGGGAACCGGAUGAAUCGUAUUCAGAAACUGAUGUUGAAGAAAGAGUUGUAGCCGAAGCCCAGGAUCGUGGCUUCAACAAGGAAUUGGUCAGGUCAAAAUCCAAUGUGGUGAAUGAUUUUGAGAAAUCACUCAAUUCGGAUGCUAGAGGGAAUGGUAUUGAUUCAAGACCUAACUCGGUAAAUCCGAAACUAAACACGGAAAGGGCAAAGAAUGAAGAGCCGGCUAUUGUGGAUACAAAUCGUUAUAGCAAACCGAACCAGGGGCCGCGCGUUCCAUUCAAUAACAAACAGAGAGAGCCCUAUCCAAGUAAUCAAGCUUCACCACCUCCGCCAUAUAGAAAUGUUCCAUUCAAUAACAAACAGAGAGAGCCCUAUCCAAGUAAUCAAGCUUCACCACUUCCACCAUAUAGAAAUUUUCCAUUCAAUAACAAACAGAGAGAGCCCUAUCCAAGUAAUCAAGCUUCACCACCUCCGCCAUACAGAAAUUUUGAUCUUGGUUCACCUGAGCAAGCCAAGUUAGAAAAACCAGGUACGGGAAACCCUAAUAAUCCUAUUCCACCACCGAGAAGCGAGCAAGCCAAGUUAGAAAAACCAGGUACGGGAAACCCUAAUAAUCCUAUUCCACCACCGAGAAGCGAGCAAGCCAAGUUAGAAAAACCAGGUACGGGAGACCCUAAUAAUCCUAUUCCACCACCAAAAAGCUAUGGAAUUUUUAGCACUCCAAAAGCUGCUGGCACUACUGAGAAACAGAACACAGGAGAUGCGACUACGACACAAAGCUAUGGAAUUUUCAGCAGCAAAUCAGCAGAGAAGCCUUCUAAUGGUAGUUCGCCAACACCCAAAUUUGGAAUUUUCAACUCUGCGAAAAAAGAGGGUUCCAGUGAUAGGAGUAAGUCAUCAGAUGCUAAUAGUGGAAAUACGAGUAAUCAGAGCUCUACGACACCGAGAUUCGGAGUUUUUAGUUCGAAAAAUACUGCUACCUCCAAUAAUUAGAGCUAAAGUUACUGAUGAUAGUGCAUUAAGCGGCUUUUGUAGCUCAUAAUGUACCAUUAAGUUGGUGGUUAUUUAUUCUUUUCUUGGCAGAGAAUUUCUUCUUCCUCGAGAUGUCAAAGAAUUUUGUUUAUUUUGUGAUCCAAAAGGAAUGCUUUUAUAAACUUGUAGCUGAUAUUACUACACAGAGAAUAGUAAUUGUUUUUAAUGAUUAAAUCAGAAGAUGAGAGGACCCUGUAAGACUUCUUCUUUUCUUUUUUUUUUUUUUUUUUUUUUUUGCAUCCAUGCAUGCAUAACCCUGCAAAUAUGCAAAAUUGUGUAAAUUGUCCUGCAAAGCUCAAUUUUUUGCUUGUGUAUUCCUGAAACUCA